AUGGUUUUAAAUCAAAAUAAUUACGACGCCCUAGUUCUCCUCUACGCCAACUGGUGCGGCCACUGCCGGCGAUUUCAAGAAAAGUUUUAUCAACUGGCGAAAAGAUUUGAAGGCAUUUCGUCAAUUGCCUUUUUCAAAAUAGAUGUUUCCAGAAACGACGUGCCUGUUCCGGGUCUCCGCGUGGAGCGCGUUCCGCACGUGAUAUUUGUGGUGCGUUCCCCAAACCCUAAUUUAGGGUUUAGUUCCUCUGCUGCUGCUGACGAGGCGUCUCGCGACGCUGCGGAGGCAGCAGCAGCAGCAGCCAGCAGCAGCAGCAGCAGCAGCAGCAGCAGCAGCAGCAGCAGCAGCUGGAGCGUGGGGCUGGGCCGCAGCAGCAAAAAGAUCUUCACUUUUUCGCAUGCAGCAAAAGACACUUUAAAGGAGGAGGAAGUGAAGAACAAUAAAAAGCAGCAGCAGCAGCAGCAGCAGCAGCAGCAGCAGCAGCAGCAGCAGCUGCAGCAGCAGCAGCAGCAGCAGCAGCAACAGCUCUUUAACAUGUUGCGAGAGCUCACUAUUGCGUAA